GGCAAGAGAUUGCACCGCGUUCUUUUUCGCCUACAUAUACCCAGAACCAGCCCCGCUAGAACCGCUCCUCCCGCACGUCAACGUCUUCGUCUCUUUGAUAUAUCCCGGAAGGAAUCCGCCGUCGUUUCGUCAGUGCGGUUACCGUCGGACACCGUCUUCCUCAACACCCACGGACCUUCUCACCCCCCUCUCCGCCAUGGCCGACUACAACCGCUACGGCCACGGCCACGACCAAGGAUACGGCCAGGGCUACGGCUACGCGCCGUCGGCGCCUCCCGCGCCCACCUCUUCGCCGUACGGCAACGGCCAAGGAUACAGCCAGGGCUACGCGCCCACGCCUUCCUCCUCCUCCUCCUCGCCGUACGGCUACGGCUACGGCCAAGGAGGCUACCCGCCGCCGAUGGGGGGUUUCGGGGGAGCCGUGGCGUUCCCGCCGGGGACGCAUCCGGACGUGGAGCGCGCGUUCCGGGCCGUCGACCGCGACGGCAGCGGCAGCAUCGACGAGGGGGAGCUGCAGGCCGCGCUGUCCGACGCGCACCGCCGCUUCAGCAUCCGCACCGUCCGCCUCCUCAUCUUCCUCUUCAGCAACGCCCAGCUCGCCUCCUCCCCGCGCUCCCGGAUGGGGCCAACGGAGUUCGUGACGCUAUGGAACUGCCUCGGGCAAUGGCGGGUCGUUUUCGACAGAUACGAUAGGGACCGCAGCGGAAAGAUCGAUUCCGAUGAGUUGAGAGAAGCUCUUCGCAGCCUGGGAUACGCGGUGCCGCCUUCGGUCAUUGAUCUUCUCAUAGCAAACUACAACAAUGGCGUUUCCCACCGCGGCGCCCUAGACUUCGACAACUUUGUGGAGUGCGGAAUGGUUGUGAAGGGUCUGACUGAAAAAUUCAAGGAGAAUGACACGCGCUACACCGGCUCGGCAGCUCUUACAUAUGACGGCUUCUUGUCAAUGGUCAUCCCCUUCAUUGUACCUUAGUCAAAGCAGUACAUGUACGACCUGAGCUUUAAGUUUGUGGGAUUUAUUACAGUUCCGUUAAUUUGGAGUGUUUUGAUGUUUCAUAGCUGUGUAAAUGAGAAAAAGGGUGUCACUAGAUCUCAGUCGACUCAGAGUCUGGUGACACAACAUGUAAAAAGAAAGAAAGAUUUUUUUUUUUGCACGGA